UCGCGGCGGGCCGGCGGCAGGGAAACACUAUUAUGCUAAUGGUGUUUUGCUCGCACUCGCGGGGAGCGGGGUUUAAAAGGCAGCGGCCGGGGGCAGGGGUUCAAAGGAGGGAGGCACGGCCGCUCUGAGCGCGAGGGAGCGAGCGGACGGGACAGGACGGGAGGAGAGGAGCGGCGGGGGGGCAUCCACGCCUUCCCGGCCCGGCGGCGAUGUCCAACGUGCACCUCUCCGGCACCGCCGCCCUGGAGCGCCUCUCGGCCCGGCGAGCCCUGGUCGGGCACGGCCGCAGCCCCGUCUGCAGGAGCCUUUUCGGGCCGGUGGACCACGAGGAGCUGGGCCGGGAGCUGCGGGAGCGCCUGCGGGAGAUGGGGGAGGACGACCAGCGGCGCUGGGACUACAACUUCCAAACCGACACGCCGCUGCCGGGGCCCGGCCGCCUGCGCUGGGAGGAGGUGGAGGCCGGCGCCGUGCCCGCUUUCUACCGGGAGACUCUACAGGUGGGACGGUGCCGCGUCCCCCUCGUCCGGGCGCCCCCUUCCCCGCCGCCGCCGCCCGCCGCCGGCAAGGGGCCCGGGGGGCGCCUGAGCCGGGAGAACCGCGCAGCGCCCCGCCGCCGCGGCAUGCGGCUCCGCCGGAGGGGCCCGACCGCCCGCAUCACAGAUUUCUUCGCGAGGAGAAAAAGGCCGGCGGAACCCAAGGCGGCGGCGGAGCGCCCCACCGGCUGCCCGCCGCCCCCCGCCGCCGUGCCGGCUGAGCAGACUCCUCGCAAGCGGCUCCGGUGAGCCAGGUAAGACGUGCCCCGGGAGCGGGCGAGGCUGUCCAGGCGGUUUCUGCUGCGCUCUCCUCUUACUUCCUAUACCACAACCAAUUAUUUUUCCCUUGCUUACUUUUUCCCCCCCCUCCUCUUUUUUGUUCUUCUCCAGACUUUUGCACUACUGCACCCACGGGAGAGGCGCGCCGCCACGGGAGGCGCGACGCCCCGGAGGCGCGGGGGGCCGGGGCGGGCGGCGCGGCGAGCCGGGACCCCCCCGUGCCCGCCCGGCCCGGCAGCGGGAGCUGGAGCGGAGCCGCAGCGCCGGCCGCGCACGGAGCAGUGUUAUCGUACAACAGUGCAAUGUAUGACGUUCUGUAUAGAAAUGUAUUAUGCCUAAUGUGAGUACACUGGCCAGAAGUGUAAAGCUUUAAAAGUCAUUUAUAAGAAAUGUUUAAUCUCUGCUGAGCUCUCAGUGCAAAAAAAGGAAAAAUUAAAAAAAACAAGUGUAUAUUUGUACAAAACUUUUUUUAAGAGUUAUACUAACUUAUAUUUUCUAUUUAUGUCAGAAACGUGGAUAACUUUGACAUCCAAUAGUCUUUUUUUUUUCUUUUGGUUAAGCCAAAGGGCACUAUAUUUGCUUUUGUUAUUCACAAAAUGUAAAUUUAUUUUUAUAGUGGAAUUUUUUUUUUUUUUUGCAUUCACAAGAUGUAGCUAUGAAUCAAAAUAUUUUUUAGACUUUACUUGAAGACAAAUCUGUUUCAAUGGAUCCUGAGCCGGUCUGUACCACUGCCAUUGCAAAUAAUGCCACAACUUCAAUAAAAAAAAUUAAAUAAAAGGAAA